AAUGUUAAAAUAAUUCACGAAGGCCAAACACAAGCAAUCACUCGGGAGCGCAUUUUGCUUUAGUAAAGGGAAGAAUUCCCUUUUUCUCUUCCCUGAUGAUUUUAAGACUGUAUAUAUGGUCUUUACUUGUUUUUACAAGUCUCUCGGUGCCAGUGUUACUGAGUGAUGUUCAAAAUAAUGCCGAAGAUGUGAAUUCGGAGGAUUUCGACCCCUUCGAACAGGAGGAUGGAGCGAGUUUUAGCAAUGUUUGGGCCGUUCAAUUAGACUCGAACGAUGGCUCGUUGGCCGACGCUAUUGCUAGAGCUCAUGGAUUUAAGAAUUUAGGAGGAAUCGGUACUUUGACGGGACAUUAUGAAUUUGUUCACGAUUCCACUGGCUCUCGAAUGAGACGUUCUAUGGAGUCGAGGACCAAGCGCUUGAUCUCCCAUCCUCGCGUAAUUUGGGCAAAACAACAACGGAUCCUCGACCGACAGAAGCGAGAUUUCUUCGAUCUACUAGAGGCUCGAGCAUCCCAGCAACAACGAUCACUGGGCCAUGAGAGGCGAAAGAGGUUUUACCACGAUCCCAUGUUCGCAAAACAGUGGUACCUUCAAAACACCGGGCAGUUUAACAUUCCCGAAGGCAACGACAUCGGAGUGUUACCUGUUUGGGAACGCGGGUUCACGGGCAAGGGGGUGGUAGUCAGUAUACUAGACGAUGGUUUAGAUCAUACGCACCCCGAUCUCAAACGAAACUAUGAUCCUAAGGCAAGUUGGGACUUUAACGAUAAAGAUGACGACCCAUUUCCCAAUGAUGUAGAUCCCUAUAACGCACACGGUACCAAGUGUGGCGGUGAAGUCGGCGCACAAGCCGACAACGACAUCUGCGGUGCUGGUGUUGCACCGAAUGUCAGUCUUGGUGGAAUACGGAUGUUAGACGGUGUUGCAACCGAUGCUUUAGAAGCUAACGCCCUGAGCUACAAGCCCCAAUACAUCGAUAUUUACAGUAAUUGCUGGGGACCGAAGGAUGAUGGUAAAACGUUCGGGAGACCGGGAAAAUUGGGCCAAAAGGCGCUUGAAGAUGGAGCUAAAAAAGGCAGAGGAGGCAAAGGUUCCAUCUAUGUCUGGGCCACAGGAAAUGGCGGUCUUGUUGAUGAUGACUGUAACUGUGAUGGCUACACCUCCAGCAUCUAUACAAUCUCUAUUGGAGCCAUUAGCUCUUACGGCCUGUCCACCUACUACGAUGAACAAUGCUCGUCAACAAUGGCUGUCACCUUCACCGGCGACAGUCACCGUAGUGGGGAGGAGGAGUACACCCUUGUCACCACAAACCUGCACCACGAGUGUACCGACACCUUCCGAGGCACCUCCUCAGCAGCCCCCCUGGCAGCCGGCAUCUUUGCUUUGGUCCUUGAAGCCAACCCUAACCUAACAUGGCGAGACUUGCAGCACCUUGUGGUUCACAGUGCCGAGAAGACCAGUCCAUUAGAUCAAGGAUGGAAAGUUAAUGGUGCUGGCAUUCAUUUUAACCACAAGUUUGGCUUUGGCCGACUCCAUGCAACAAGGCUUGUAGCGAAUGCCCUGAAGUGGAAACAUGUACCCGCCCAACACAUCUGCCAAGUGGAAGGAUUCCAAGCAAGAAAAGAGAUAAUCAAGAGGAACGGAAAAUUGAUCCUGAAAGUGCACACAGAUGGAUGUGCUGGUACUAAGAAUGCAGUAAAGAGGCUUGAACACGUGCAGGCAACCGUAUCAUUAAAGCACAACCGCAGAGGCGCCCUUAGCAUUGAGAUUCGCUCCCCAAUGGGCACCACGAGCCAACUGCUUUCCACCCGGAAGUACGACACAUCCACUAACGGGCUGAAGGACUGGUCAUUCAUGACUGUGCACUUUUGGGGGGAGGACCCUGCCGGUGAGUGGGAAGUCAUCAUUACCGAUAACACAGAUAGUAUGUUCAACAAGAGAGAAGCUGUUGACAUGGAGGAGAAAGAAAGGGAGGAGAUCAACGCACGCAGGAAGAAAGCCCACAGAGAUGAGAUCCCAGUACCUAAUGGUUAUAGCCGAAAUAAGCGAGGGAAUGAGGAGAUAGAGAGGCUUAUUCGCGACUACGAUAGCUUCCAUGACGAGAUAAGGCAUGGCCGGUCUAGAGGGGACUACAUGAGAGAUAAGAUCGAAGAGGAAGACCCAGUGGAUCAGCUUCUUGGAGUCGCUCAGGAUGACGCGGAUAUCGGUAUGUUCAAAAAGAAAGCUGAGAAUACAGGGUAUCUAAGCUCGCUUUCCCUAACCUUGUAUGGGACUGCGGAGUGAAAUAGAAUUAUAAGGAUUUAAAUGGGAUUAUAUUUGGGGAUAUUUAUUUCUUAGGCCUAUUGCACACAUCGUUUUUGUGUUAUUGACUUUCCCGGUUAUGAACUUAAAAAGUUCAACUGUUUAAGCCCAACUAUAUUUCGAUGUAUGCCUUAGAUCUUAAAGGGGCAGAAUCAACCUUUCCAAGAUGCAUUGCCUUGUUUUUUAGAGACAGAGACAUUUCAACUUCAAGACUUUUAGUUACUUAUGAAUGUACCAGAUAAGCAUCUACCGCCGCUACGAAUGACAACUGUUUUUACUUCGAAAAUGUCCGUUAAAGCAAUGCUACAUGGAAAGGGUGAGAUGUCGCUUUUAAUCUAUUUGAAAAGUCAGCAAUAUAAUAAAGGUGUAUUUCAGUUUUCGUAUGGUUGUGAAUUUCGCGUGUUAUGUCGUCUAUCAAAUAUACAUUUUCGCGUUCUCGCACAGGAUGUUCAUAACCAUACGAAAACGGGUGUACUUAAUGUGAAUGUUAAGAUGAAUAUGCGUCAGACACUAGGAACGUCUUAUGGGGGGCAACCAAACUGUACCCAUAAUGCACCACUACCUUGUCUUCCAAUUGCAUGAUUUACAUCUUUCGAUAUCAAGAACAAUAUACGUUUACUCGUAAAACUCAAAAGCCAGUUACGCCUGGUGCACACUAGUGACAUAACGACAUAAUGACAUAGGCGCGUGCUCCCUUAUGUUCAUAUGUUCAAGUGUGAAUGGUCCGACAUUUUGACAUAAGCCCAACAUAACGACAAGAACAUAACGACAUAACAGAAAAAAAUAACAUGUAUUUUCUUUUAUGUCAUUAUGUCCAUGUCGUUAUGUCGGGCUUGAAGGAGUGCGCGCGCCAGUGUUGUUUUGUCGUCAUGUCACUAGUGCGCACUAGGCAUAGCUGGUUUGUAAAUGUGGAUCGGAAUUUUGUUUAUUUUGUUCCAUUUUCAAUUAGUAAAAAGAAUAUUGUGAUGCAUUAUGGGUAAGUGAGGUGUCUCUUAAACUACGACCUGGUAAAAGUUCUGUAAAUAGUUGUCCGUACCUGGCGAAAAAGGUUUGAUCGUUUCAGUUUGACUGUUUCGAAUUCAGUGUACCUAACGUACCAAACCCCGCUACACAGUACAUUAGCAUGAGAAAAUAUUUACCGUACCGUCUCGUCAUGAAGGUAUAGAUUAUUCCUUCAAAUUCUAAUUAUAAACAUCAAUAAAUAAGUUAAGGGUAUAUUUUUUCAAAAUAUGUGCCUAUAGAGCGUAGAAUAAUUCAGGGUAUUAUUAUUGUGAAUGAAUUAUAACCAAACCAAGAGCCUCGCUAUAUUUUUUUACAUGAUCAGGUCUUGUUUCUUAUUUGAAAACUAUUUUGCUAAUUUCUGUUCUACUAAAGCGAGAUAGUUUUCGACAUCGUUUAUUUUAAUUAUUGAAUAUUAGAUAUAUAUAAUGCAUGAUAUGCGCUAGUUGUGAAGUGAAUCGCACGGCAGCACUUAUCGAAAAGGGAACAAAUAUGUAUUGAAUUAUUAUGUCUUAUGACUACAGGAAAAUGAUUGCACGCAUUUACGUGCGAGAGACAACUCCAGAUUAAGAUUGCGAACAGAUACAUAUUGUAUCUGUUGUUGAAUUAAAUUAUGUCUAUGUUGGUAGCAUAGUACUGGCGUAGUAAAAAGAUAAACAAUAGUAGACAAAGGUUAGCAGCAAUUGGUCAAUGGUUAUCUUGUUUUAACAAAUUAUACGCAUGUCGAAUUCUAACGUGUUCAACUCUAUAUGCAUGUCGGGCUCUGAAGGUCCACCAUCAGGCCAAGAAGAAUAGGAGGGUAUUGAUUUGUGCUUGAAGGUGGUUAACCGCGCGAAAAUAUAUACGUUGAACUGAUGUAACUGUUCACUGUGAAUAAACCUAUCUCACAACCA